AUGACGUUGGGAGAUCCGACGGAUGACGGAGUGAUGCAAUCAGUGAUGACGAGCGAAGCUUCGUAUCCGAAACUGGUUGGCUACUCGUCGUCUACCAGUCGUCGAACGGCCCCUUAUAAAAGCAUGAUCCACUCGUUCUUUUCCCACAAACUGCCAUUCAUUCGCGCGUCCCAAAAAUGGUUGGUUGUUUUGAUCCAAACGGUCGAUCUCUCAACGAAUUCAGUGGGCGAUAUCGUUGCUGAUGCUCAUCGUCUGCGCCGACGCUUUCUUGUUCCCAAUGGGCGGCGGUGGCGGCUGCGGCGGCGGCUGCGGAGGAGGCUGUGGAGGCGUAGGUCUUUCGUAUUUAAUGUGUCUUUCCUAGGUCAAGAAGGAUAGAUUAACAGAGACUCUGAGAAAAGUUUUCACCAGAGGGAUGUUUGAACUCGUUGAUUCGGUGUAGAUAGUUCUUAAAAUAGUGCACAGGCUGGCAAAAAUGCCUUGAUUAGGGUGCCAGACAUGAGAGGAGAUAACUCGUGAAAAUUUUGAACAGGACACAUCGGCUUGUCUGCCAAAACUCGGAUGCCAAACGAUCAGCUUCUCGAUUCCGACUCUCAAGCUGCCACCUCCUCCAGCUCCUUGCCCUUGUUCUUGCGGUGGCAGGAAAAAGCGUUCCGCGGGAGACGAGAAGUGCACGGACCCCGAACUGCGAAAAAUCAUCCUCAACGUCAGUUUAGACCUCUUCUCCCAGAAAAACUCGGCUUUUCCGCAGGGUGUCCGUUCGUCGACGCAGGAAUCGCGCGACAACAUCGUCGCCAGUCUCAAGGAGAAGUAUGGCGACGUUCGAUAUCUGGUGACGUGUCUGCAAGGCGACCACGAGUUCUCCUCGUCGUCCAGCGACUUCUGCGCCGACGGAACUCCCCAGCAGACGUGCAUCGUGUCACGAGCCACAGACUCCAACUAG